GUCAGACGUCGUCUGCGCGGCGCCGCUGACGGACCUCGACGCGCACGAGCUCGCGGCGAGCCCCGCCGCGGUGUCGUCCGACGGCGCCUGGCGCUUCGGCGAGGACGCGCCGGGCAAGAAGGGCUGGAUCGUCGACGACGCGCAUGGUGGUGUGGUGAACUUCACCGUUCACACGCCGCCCGACGGCCGGGACCCCGUCGUCGGCGUCGGCUUCCUCGCGUCCUGGGAUCCGUCCAUGGGCGCCGUGCGCGUCGUCGUGGACGGCGACGCCGAGAACGCGGCCGUCCUCAACGCGUCGCGGCCCGGCGGCACGGCGUCGCAGACCGAGUACGCGCGGCUCUGCGUCGAGCCGCCGCGCUAUUCGCCCUGCUUCCCGGCCUGCGGCGCGCCGACGAAGCGGCCCCUGCGCUUCGCGGCCCACAAGCCCGCGUCCUGCGACCGCGACCAGCGCCAGUGCGAGAGCGCGUGGCGCCGCUACGACGCCGCGCAGCGCGCGUCCACGGCGCGGUCCCUGUCCUUCGAGCUCCUCCCGCGGCCCGGCGCGGCCUCGAACCGGUUCGUGUUGCGCUACGUCGUCACGUGUUAG